UUGGAAAUUAGCAUUGUUGAAGAAAGCACAUCAUAGUCGAUUCCAUUAUAAUUUGUUGAAUUGUCAUUGGUAGUGGUUGAUAUGAAUUCGAAUAUCCGAGUUUCGGUGAAGAUGCCAAAGUAUAUGCAAGAUAACUCAUUGUCGUUUUCAAAAGGGUUCGAAAACGUUUCUCCUUUUGACAGAAAUAACCAAGGAAACCAAGACUCAAGCUCCCGAGAAAACAGUAGUGUUACAGGCUCGCGCCAAGAUGAAAAUACAGUAGAGGAUACUCCUAGAUAUAAACAUAACCAUAGACUUGGUAUUGCUUGUCCCGCUUGUUCUGCUUCUAAACAUGGCAAGCUACCCUCCGACUUUUUUCAAAGAGCUGCUGCAAAAGAAGAAGAGUCGCUUAAUAGGCUAUUUUGUAUUCUGAGAAACAUCUUGGACGACCCAGACUCUGAACUUUUUAAGGCGCCUUCACAAGAACGACAGGUUCAAAAACGUCCUAUUGACCUUACAACACUUCGGGAAAACCUUCAUCAAGGCAAAUAUCGUCUUAGGCACGAUAUGUUUAUUAAGGACCUUAGACAGUUGUUUAGACAGACUUUAGUAUAUUACGAUGCAGACAGUAGAUUGGGACGUGCAGCAAGGAAGUUCCUUCAUGUCAUUGAGGAGGGACUAGAACCGGAAUCGAAUCGGACGGAUACGGACAUCAUUCUUCAUGCGGGAGACAGAGUUGAUGCACUUGGCUCCGACAAUCAAUGGCACUCAGCAACAGUUGUCCAAGUUCAAGGUUCAAAGUACUAUAUUCACUUUGAUGGUUCCUCAAUGGGAGUGGAUGAACAAAUUGACAUUCGUUCAAGUAGAGUGGCACCAUUCGAUAGCUAUGCGAGACAGAAAGUUCCCUAUAGAGAGCCUCCAGAAAGAAUAUUGAAUAAUCAGAAACUCAUGAAUGAAAGACAAGAAAGAAACAUUGCUUCGCCUAGUUAUAGUUCCCCUGAGAACUCGCUUUACUCUUUAAAGAGAAAAAAACCUUUGCAAGUUUCUUCUUCUUUGAUUGCUCGUUCAACAUCUCGUGGAAGGCCUUCUGCAGUGUUCUUCACUUUGCAGCUAAAACCUCCGGUGUCUCCUAGUGUUUCAGAAAUUGGCAAAAGCUUAUUUCAUAAUGAUACUAAGGAUGACAUCUCAAUAGAAAUACAAAAUGAUGCUUGUUUUGAAGAUGAUGAACUGACUGUUGAGAGGCUUAUUUCGAGAAGGUUUCGUGGAGAAACCAGGACUAUUGAAUACUUGGUCAAGUGGAAGAAUUACGACAUCGAAGACAGUUCAUGGGAGCCGCGAGAAACUCUCUUAGCAAUAGCUCCAUCUUUAGUAGCCGAUUUCGAUAUACGUCAUCCUGAAAUUCCACUAGUCGCUCAGAAGAAGACCGGAAACACAACUAGUAAACAGGAAGUUGUGUUGUCGUCUGCGAAGAACGAUGAGGAGGAAGAAUCUUCGACAGCUUCAGUCAGCCAUAUAGAAAAUGAAGCGACUUCCGGAAAAGUACAAGAACGAUCAGAAGAAGCACUCGCGAAGGCUCAGUCUUUCUCCUCUGUUGGUAAACCUGCAAUAUCAGGUUCUCAGAUACGGAAAACAUCUACACUGUCAAAUGAUCCUGUUUAUAUUAUUCCGCAUGGUUUUGGAACGGUAGCCAAACAAGUUUGAUGAAAUAAAAACUGCUCUAUUAUC